GUAUAGUUGAUAUUUACGUAAGAAAAUGGCAGCCGUGAGUUUUGAAUGUGCAGAUUUUUUAGAAUUCCAGAGUGCAUUACAAAAAAUGCGGCAAAUUGACGACAAGAUUAUUUAUAUGCUAAAUGCCACAAUUCCAACAGAGUCUUUUAAAAGUCAAAUUGAUGCUACAGCUCAAUGUAAAUAUUUAUUUGAACAAAUUGAAUCAGGACAUAAGAAAAGAGAACUGGCUAUCACAAGAUGCUUAAAUGCAUCAAAGGAAAAAGUAAAGCAAUAUAAAAUUCAACGAGAUAAUGGUGAUGAUAGUCCACAGCUUCUUAAAGCAUUAAGAAAAGAGCAAAGUAGUUUACGCUUAUUACAAUCAGAAUUAAGUGUAGAGGAGGUUGUAAAAAAACGUACAAUUGAUGUAUAUCAUGCAAGAUGUCGUACUUAUUAUAAACCAUCAAAGAAAGUGUAA